GGCCUCAUGAACCACCUGAGCCAGCUGGUGUCGGCGGCGCAGAGGUACGGCAUUUGCGUCGAAGACCCGCCGGGCGGCGAGGCCUCGUCGCCGGGCGCGCCGCGGGCGGACCCCGCUGCCGGCGUCGGCGAGGACCGCCUGGGCUCCAAGAUGGAGCGGCUCAACACCCUGCUGCAGCCCGGCGGGCGCGGCGGGCCGCCGGACGCCGCGGGCAG